AAAGAGGCUGACGUUAUCGUAGAAAAAUUAUUUUUAUCACCAUUAUCUCUUUCACCUGUAUUCGACUGAUAAAAACAACGAGUAUUAGUGACAAUGAACAAACUUAUAGUAGUAUAGUUUGGUGUUAAAUAAUUGAAUAUUUAUAGUUUAAUUAUGAAUAAGUGCGUAUUGUUUAUAAUCCUCAAUUUUAUGAUCAUAAGAAACGUGCUCUCUGAAAACCAUGGUUUAUAUGAAGAAUAUUCGAUAAAUAGUUACACAAGAUGUAGAGUGGACAGUGAUUGUAUGAAAAUGAGUGAUAAUUCAUUUUGUUUUGAUAACGAUGCGGAUAAAGUGGGUUUUUGCAAAUGUAGAGAAGGAUAUGAUAUGGUUAGCAGAAAUAAAACAUUUUUCGCUUGUCUAGGCCCUGCUGGAUUUGGAGAAACUUGUGAGAAAAACAUGCAAUGCCAACUUAUAUUAACGGAAAAUUCGGAAUGCUAUGAAUCAACUUGUAGAUGUAAAGAUGGAUCCCAUUUAUACAAAGACGGCAGAUGCUAUGUAUCAGUACUUUUGGAUGAUUAUUGCAGUAGUGACGGUAACUGCUGGAUGAUGGAUAACAAAUUUGGUAAUUGCGUUUAUGGAAAAUGCAUUUGUCCAUUUGAUAAACAAGUACCCAAUACUGAGAAAAAUGACUGCAUAGAAGGUAGAAACCUUGGGGAGUCCUGUGAUAAUGAUAAUCAAUGUAUUUUAGUUGAAAAUACGCAAUGUAGAGUAACAUGCAGAUGUGCGACAGGAUUUGUAUUAUCACGUGAUGAAACAAGAUGCUUGCGAGCUGCAACAAGAUUUUUUGAUUAUUGCGAAGAAAAUGAGCAAUGUAGUGCUUACCUGCAAGGUAGUACGUGUAUCUCUAAUAACUGUACAUGUUCCGAAGGUUUUCAUAAUUGGAAUACCCAAUGUGUUCGAUCUGCUGGACUAGGUGGUUACUGUUCUGGUAUUGAAGAGUGUAUUCCUGAUCCAAAAUUCUCAAAUGUAAUAAAUUGUAUCGACGGAAACUGUCAAUGUUUACCUGGCUCUUUUGAUGAACAAUUGGGCUGUAAUAGAGCGGUAUCCCAGCAGGCUGGGUAUAUUUUUAUAUUUAUUUUAAUUACUUCUGUUUUCACUCAAUUGAUAAUACCUACCUACCUAUGAAUUACAAUUAUUAAACCUUUCCAAUGUAAUUUUAAGAAUGAGAAUAAUCAAACAGUUUCAGCGAAGAAAUAA